AUGGAAGAUAGUAUUUAUGAAUCUAUCAGCUUUAGACAAGAAUAAGAAAAACUCAAAGAGAGAUUUAGCUUUUAAACAUAAAAUUAGUAAAAAAACUACAGUUUAGAAGACUCAAUAUUGACAAAAAAUUUAGAUUAUUCAAUGAUAAGUUAAACAUCUCGUAUAUAAUAAAAUCAGUGCGCAAAUCAUUAAUAAAAUCAAUAAUAAGCAAGAGUCAAUAGCAUCAAUUUGCUAUAUUAACAGGAAUAACAUCAUAAAGAUAUCCAAUUUUUAGACAACAAUGACAUCCUUCUCAUGAGUCCUUUCUAGUUUUCAUCAAGCAUCAGCAAAGAAAUCACGCCAUCUUAUUAAAUAGGUGGAAAAAUUGAUUAAAAUUCAUAGCUUUUCAAAUAAAGCUAAUACAGUUUGCAACCAAAACAAUUUGAUGAUUCUACAAAAAAAUAGUUCUUUACUCCAAGCAAUAAAAAUAACAUGAAACUAGGUUAAAAUAAUCGUUUUUUAUCUGAAAUCUAUCAGCCAAACGAUUUUCAAAAUAUGUAAGACUUUUUAAUCUUGAUAAUAUACAGCUUCUCUACAGGUUCAUAUAAAUCAAAAAUACCAUUUCUUCAAAAUUUGGAUUAUAUUGUGUUUUUAAAGUAUCUAAGUAUUCCUUAAAAGGUAUCAGAGUUUGAAAAUAAAUUAUAAAUCAGCGAUUCAACUAAAAACUGGAUGAAAUUAAUCAAGUUAGAAAUAAUUGUCAUCACUUUAGCUCAUGUUGCUUGCUGUAUUUUUUUAAAAAUUGGACUUGAAAAUAUUUAACAUGGACAAAUGAGUUGGAUUAUAAAAGCAGGAUUCAGUACAGAAUCUUUGUGGAAUCUUUACCUUUAAUCUCUUUAUUAUAUGAUUGUAACUAUUUGUACUAUUGGAUAUGGUGAUAUAUCCCCAUAUUAAUUAAAUGAAAAAUUGUAUAUUGCUUUUCUAUCAGUUUUAGCCACAAAUGUGACUGCUUACGCAUUUUCUUAAAUUAGUGAGAUUGUUAAAUUUGAGUCUUCUAAAAAUUAGAAAUUCAAUCAUUUCAUGACAGACGUAAAUAAUCAAAUGAAAAAAAUAGGAUUAGGAAUGAGUCUAUAAGUGAAAGUGAGGAAGCAUUUUGAGUUUUUAUAUUACCAAGAUGAGUAUAAGCAAUAAAUUUCAGAAUCGAUUGUUGAUAAAUUACCAAACAGCUUAAAGAAUGAAGUCUUAAUUGAUAUUUAUCAAGAAAAAAUAAAUUCCAUAAAAAUGUUUAAAGAAUUUUCAUCUGAUUGUUUGAAAAAUAUUCUUCUUUCGUUUAAACAAAAAUAACUCUUCCCAGAUGAGAUUCUUCUAAAUUAACAAGAAAAUAGCGAAAACCUUUAUUUUUUAAUUUCUGGAAAUUUAGAAAUUAAUUUUUAAAUUAGAGAAACAAAAUCAGGUAAAACAUAUGAAAAAAGCAAGUAAAAAAUUCAGAAAUCAGAUGCUUUUGGCUAUGAAGGGUUUUUGCUUGGAAAAUGUAGUCAAUAUACACUAAAAUCUAUUGGCCCUUCACUUGUUUCUUACAUAGACAGAAAUAUUUUUCUAUAAAUUUUAAAAUAAUACCCUGAAGAUUAUGAGAAAUUCAUAUUCAUGAGGGACUCUGCUAUUUUUGGAUAGAAAAAUGAAUUUUUUAAAUUUUUAAAGUGUAUCUCUUGUGGAAAAUUUUCACAUCAAAUUUCUGACUGUCCAUAUUUAAGUCUUAAUCUAACUUAUAAACCUUCUAAAGAAAAAAAUUCAAGAAUUUAAUCAUUUUAAAGAAAAAGAGAGAGGCAAAGAAAUAGCUUAAAUAAUUUAAUAUAUUUUUAAGAAAAAGCUAUGGCAGCUUAUGCUAAUAAUGAUGAAUCGGCAAUUAUAGAUGCUUACAAUAUUUGUUUAAAGCCAAUAUCAGCAAAUGAUGAAAAAGAAAUUUAAUCUGAAUUUUCUUCACAAUCCCUCAAUAAUUCAAAAAAUAAUGAUAAAGCUUAAAGUUCUCCUUAAAUAGCAGAAAAAUAAAUUAUUCCAUUUCAAUCUCUAAGUUAAAAACUACCUCGUUUAACUAGCUUGUAAAAUAAAGAAUAAGAUAAACUUGUAAAAGAAUUAUCUAUAAAAAUAGAUGAAAGUGGUUAAUCUGAUUAAACAGAAUUAAAAGUAAACCAAAAUACCUUAGUUUAUGACUAAGACAAAGAAAAGUUAUCAGAAUUUUAUUAAAAAUCAAAAGAAACAGCUAUUUUCAAUGAAGAAAGCUGUUGUUACAGAAAUUCAAAUAGGAGUAUUUUACUAACAGAAGAAGUUUAUAAAGAUAAACUAAGUAAUUAGGAUAAACUGAAUUAAGAAAAAAGUAAUGGGAUUUUUAAUUUAGGAAGUAGCACUAUUGAUAAGUAGUACUCAUCUCAGCAAUCAGGAGGCUAAUUUAAAAUAUAAAAAAUUAAUACUCUUUUAAUUGAAUCAAGCUAAAAUUAUUUUGAGGAGCCAGAGAUUUAUCUUCUAAAAUAGGCAUUCGAAAAGAGAAAAAUGAGAAGCUUAUAACAAUUUAAUAACUUUCAAAGAUCAUUAUCAGAUAAAGUUUAUAAUACAAAAAAAAGUUUUAAUUUCAAUUAAAAUAAGUAAAAAAUAGGGUUGCAAGAUCUAGACAUGCUUGUCGUUAGAAAGUAAUUCAUGCUUUAGUAAUAAUAAAAUAAAAUCCAAAACUUUAUACAAGUUCCUGAUAAUGAAAUAGAUAUAGAUAGAAUGUAUAAGAAUUAUUAAGAUAAAAAGUAGGUUCUAUUACAAAUCAAGCUUAAAAUAUUAAAGAAGUAGAAAAUUAAAUAAUAACAUAAAAAUAGUUCAAAAUCUGAUAUUUGA